AUGUCUUCCAACAAGAUUUGGCUUCGUGCUGAAACCAAGCCCGCCGAGGCUCGGUCUGCUUUGACCCCAACUACUGCCAAGGCUCUUAUGGAUGCUGGCUAUGAAGUGACUGUAGAACGCUCUACACAGCGAAUCUUCGAUGAUGAGGAAUUCGCAAAGAUUGGUGCCCCACUAGUUGAGGAGGGAUCCUGGGCCAAGGAUGCUCCAAAGGAUGCGUACGUUUUGGGUCUCAAGGAACUGCCCGAAGACGAUUUUCCUCUUGAACACGUCCAUAUUACCUUUGCCCACUGCUACAAGCAACAGGGAGGCUGGGAGAAGGUUCUCAGUCGGUGGCCUCGUGGAGGCGGAACCCUCUUGGAUUUGGAGUUCCUCACUGAUGCAGAGGGACGGAGAGUUGCCGCUUUCGGAUGGUCGGCUGGCUAUGCCGGUUCCGCAUUGGCUGUUAAGAACUGGGCUUGGCAAUUGACUCAUCCCGGAAGCGAGCCUUUGCCCAGUGAAGUUCCGUACGCUAACCAGAAGCUCCUGACUCAGUCCGUGAAGGAGUCCCUAGAAGCUGGCAAGAAGCAAUCCGGCCGGUCCCCCAAGAUUCUUGUCAUCGGAGCUCUUGGACGUUGCGGCAGCGGUGCUGUACAACUUGCCAAGGAUGUCGGUAUUCCCGAAUCUGAUAUCAUCCAGUGGGAUAUCGAGGAGACGAAGAAGGGCGGUCCUUUCCAGGAGAUUGUCGACGCAGAUAUCUUCGUCAACUGCAUCUACCUUUCCAGCGAUUCUAUUCCCGCAUUUGUCAACGUUGAAUCUCUCUCUACCCCUAACCGCCGUUUGUCUGUCAUUUGCGACGUGAGCGCUGACACCACUAACCCCAAUAACCCUAUUCCCGUGUACGAUAUUACCACCACUUUCGACAAGCCCACAGUGCCUGUCACCCUCCCGGCUGGAACGCAAGGCCCCCCUCUUAGCGUCAUCAGUAUUGACCAUCUCCCCUCGCUUCUCCCUCGUGAAAGCUCCGAGAUGUUCAGCCAAGCACUGCUUCCCAGUCUGUUGCAGUUGAAGGAUCGGAAGAACGCCCGCGUCUGGACGCAAGCGGAAGAUCUGUUCGAGCAGAAGGUUGCCACUUUGCCCAAGAAGUAA